AUGCCGCAGCCGUGGCGGCUACCUCGGCACAUUAACAUCAAAGGGCUGACUGCUGCCGGCCACUGUCUGUGGCGUGCCACCCCUCUGGCUGCCCUCACCAGCUGCGGCGCCAGCACUGCUGUGGAGGCCGUGGCUGGCUGGCUGGUUGGGGAGCUGGCUGCUGGCUGCGGCCCCGCCUCUGCAGGUCUCCUCUGGAGGCGGGCUGGCGGCUCCCCACCCAGCCAGUGGCCACGUGGGGCCCGCGGCGGCAGCUCGCCACGGCACUGCCCGGCCGACACGAGCGCCACAGAGCCGUCUCGCGCACAGUGCUGGAGACUUCCGAGUAAACACUGGCUCAUGACUUCCGCUGCGCCCGCCGUCAUAUUGAGCGCGCGCUCCCUGCGGCGCGCACUGCUUCUGUUUGCUCCCCAGUGUCGACAGCGGACAAUGCAGCCGGCGGGCGUAAUUGCCACAGUGGCAGCUCUGCUUGCAGCAAACGGGACCUACUCGGUGCUGGAGUGCGUCUGCAGGCACAUGGACAAAAGCUCCGAGCUCAGUGCCGGUGAAUAUAGUUUCCAGACUUAUAGAGGUUCCAGGCUGUGGCUGGAGUGUGUUCCCACGGCCGGAGAACGCGAGCGGCCCGUGGCGCGAGUCGCCCAGUGCGGGGGUGGGGGCCGUGGCCCGCUGCGUGGGAGGCCGGCCUGCCUGCAGCCAGACACACAGGUCGGGGAGUACGUGGAGGAGGUGCGCCAGUCGGCCGAGAUGAGAGUACAGAAUGCCUGGGGUCGUCAUUCACGGCCCAGCCUGGACUGGAGAUCUGAAGUCACCAGGAAAGGCUCCCACCGGCUGCCGCUCCAGUCCGGAGCGCCCUGCCGCGUGCAGCCCAGUUGCCUCUCGGCCAGCCUGGAGUCUCCUCUCCAGCCCCGCACUGCCAGCUCUGACACCAACGUGAAACUCUCUCUUAGUGUUUCACUUUCAGUAGCUGCUGGUACUGAUGAGCAUAUGAGUAGCCCGUGGAAGCUCGUGAGUCAGAGUGCAGACCUCGAGGUGACUGAAGAACGUUUUGCAGAUUGGUCACCGGGGUUCGCAACGUGCGGCGGCCUGGAGCAGCCGCCCCCCGGGUGGUCAGCUGCGCAGCGCCUGGCAGACCGCCUCAGGGACUCCGAACUGCCGCCGCCGCCAGCAGGUGGAGCGGAGGAGGGAGGGGGGUGCGCCGGCGCCCUGGCGCAGCUCCGCCGCCUCACGUGGGGCGAAUCCUUCGAACUCGUCGAGGAGCUCAACUGCCGGAUCGCUGACGACUGUAUCGACUCCUGCUCUGUACCGUGGUUGAACAACAUGGAAUGGAACAUGACAGCGCUGCAAAAGGAUGAUCUGAGGCAUCAUAUCCUGUCAGUUAAUGCUGUUCGACGCAUCACAAGAGCCACGGUCGGCAGGGUGAAUUGUGAGUGGCAGCGUUAUGUUCAGUUUGAGUGGAGGGAUGAACCUGUCCGUCGUCUCCCGUCUUGUGCAGAACUGCAGGCCCAGGCGGCUGUUUACCGGGAACGCCUCUCCAGCUUCUGGCGGGACUUGGCGCAGCUGCUCUCACUCGGUGCGACGCACGCCUCACAGCUGUUGGUUCCCCUCGCAUUCGAACGUAUGGGUAACCACGCAAGUGAUCAGCAACUCCACGGUUGGAUUAAGGACAUGGAACGUGUGAAAGACAUGCUGCGCACGAAAUUAACUGGAUGGGUACAUGACAUGCAAUUAGCCAGCAAACAGGUGGAGCACUACGAGGUGGAAGAAGACAAGGACAGGCCAGGGCACUUGAUAAUCAGGCUGCCGCUGUUGAGUGAACGCCUGCUGCGCUAUCAGCCGUGGAGCCUCUCCUCUGACGACGACUUCAGUGCGCUGUGCAAGGAGCGGCAGCCAGAGGCGUCGCAAAUGUUCAGUCUCGCUGACGAACUGUACGCCUUCUAUCGUGUCUACUGCGUCCAUGCACCGGAGUACAUCAAUGCAUUCUACGAAGAUGACGUCAAGAUUGUAGACGAGAAGUGGCAGCUGGAGGACAGAAGCCACGAUACGCUCUCCGUGGACACUGACUGCGUGCAGCUGUUGGUGAACGCCCUGGACCACCCCACGUGUCCGCUGGAAGACCUGCCACUGGAAGCCGUGAAGCAGCGCGAGCAGUGCCGCGAGCAGCUGUGGGACGACGUGGUGCAGAGGUGGCCCCACAUACCCGUCACCAGCUACCUGGCCUACACACAGAGGAUAAACGUCAACCUCUGUCUGCUGGCCUGGAUGGUGGUCAACUCGUACGGCAUUUGUCAGGACGUCCCGUUUAGUAUGAUACAAUCUGUGCACGAUGCUCGCUGCUAUUUCGAUAGUACUAACGAUCAAUCAUGUCUGCAGUCGAACGCUACAGACGCCAUCUGCUCUGUUUCCAGAGCUAUUCUGUUGCUAAAGUGUCGCGACUUUUCCGUCAUUCGGACUUCCCAUUAUUGUAAUUUCACUAGUUUCGGAUUUGGAGCAUUCCGUAGUACUAACAGGGUGCUCUAUCAAAAGCUAACAGAAGAAACACUGAACUACAAAAACAGUUUAAACAACGCCACCUUGAAAUACAAGGAUUUCAAAAUUGACAGCUUGAAGCCUUUAGAAAUCUCAUUUAUACUGAUAAAUAUCAUUUUCCGUUUAUCGACUGCCGGAGUAUACAUGUACCUUCCCCAGUUACGCAACUUGCCUGGAAAGAUACUCGUGUCCUUUCAGAUCACGUGCAUAGUCCAGAUCCUGUGUUCUGAGGUCGUGUAUCGUAUGGCAGGCGUCCCUGACUUACCUACAGCAGUGCUGAUAGACAGCGCCCUCACACUUCUCAGCUGUUUCUGGCUGAACUCAUUCUGCUACCACAUGUAUGCUUGUGUUCGCCAUCUCAGGCUUCCUGACCAGCUACUACCUGCUGAAGUAAGCCAGUUAUUCUGUCGUGAGGUGCUGUGUGUGCUUAUACCGUGGAGUAUAGUAUGUGUGGCAGCUGUUGCUUUGGAAAAGACGAGUAAAUAUUACCUGAUCUACAGUCGCAUAGUAGUCCUUGCAGGGAUUUCAGUGUCUGUGGCAUUCAACUUGGUUUGUCUCGGACUGAUUGGAUACAUGUACCUACGUAAUCGGUGCUCCAUGCGGCAACUCGAAAUUGUUGAUGACAAGAAAUUUGCCUCAAAGAAGGAAUGUAUUUUUAUGUCAGUUAAGGCCAUUAUAUUAAGUGGAACAGGAAUUAUUAUUAGAAUUGGGUUCCACCAGGCUCAGGGAAUAGCGCAGUUAGUGUACUAUAUGCAUCUAGUUACGAUGGUGCAAGGACCAGUGCUCUUCGUCUGUUUCGUUUGCAAUGGAACGACGCUCCCCAUACUCAAGAACAGGAUACUUCUCUGGUGGAACCCAACCAACAUCCCUGCAGGUCUAGAGCUGUGUUCGGCAGCCGAGAGGAAUCUGGCCAGGAGAAACAAUGAACAGUCUCCCUUUUCAGAAUCCUCGCUGUAGGCUCCUUCAGUAUUUUUCGCAAAUAACUGUGUCCACACUACACUGCAUUACGCCCAGCAAUAAAAAUGGACUCUACCUGGUAUGAGAAUGUUAAAUGUCAUUAAAUCUGAUAUGGUACAGCCAGUACUUCUCUUUCCUAACGUCUCCUUCAUUUAUAACUGUGUGCUUAUUUGUGAGUGGUAGCCUCUGUCUACCUAUUCUAAUGCACUGAGACUACUUACUAAAAUUGUUGGGAAAUGCUUCGUGUAUACAACAGGCUGCGUCAAUCACACGGCCUGUUAUAUACAAGUAAAACGCAUCACGUUGUCGGAGGAAUUCCCAUUCGUCAGUGUCAUCUACCGUGGCGAUGGUGCAUUUCUGGAUACAUGUUCGUAGGACGUUUUUUCUCCGUUUUCCUUCGAGGAUCUGUCUUUGCAGUUUAUCGGUUGUAUUAAUGUAUGAUGUAUGAUAUUAGUAUAUAACAUUAUGUCUGAAACAAGGAAAUUUUCCAUAUGUGUGUGAAAGAUGUACUUUUACAUGAUUUGUAAUUCAAGUACCAUGACAAGAGACAUUCAGAUACUUAUAAAAUCAAAAGAGAGGGGCCAAUGACUGAAGUGGUGUGUGCAUGAAAGUGUAAAUGGGUUUGUUCAGCUUAUUAGUGGUUCGAUUACAUAGAGUGGCUCAAACAGGUAUAGUAAUAAAGUAACACAUGACUUGUUGUGUGAAAUGUGGCUUGAAGUGAACGCAAAAUGUCGAAUGGCAGAGUUAUAUGAGAUUAGCAUUAUUGGGUUUGUGAGACAAGACGGUGAUUUGUUAAGCUAGAGGUUUGUAAGGGUACUAUGGCAGAUGUUAAAAGUUAAUGUUCCAUGUGCCACUCUUGAGCAAGGAAGAACAUUACUUAAAGGCGUAUUUACAGAAACAGUACUGUGGAAGGAUAAACUUGUGCCAGUACUGUGAGUCCUGGAAAACAUGUGCCAUAGUAGCUUCACUAGAAGCACACAGUACGCCGAAAUUGUUGUGAUUCGUAAUCAAUAGACGAUCUCCCAUUUGUUUAAAUAAAACCUGAGUGAGCAAAGUAAA